GACGUCACGCAGCGGGAGGCUCCGCCCCGAUGGAACGUUGGGGACUCAGCCCUGGCUGCUGGGGGCUGGGGGCUCCACGCGCGUUCGCGUCUCCUGCGUGGAAAGCGGCACCACGUGGGUUUUCGGCCUCUCCACCGUUCGCCUUGCAGGUAUGGAGCCACGCGGGCGGCGCUAAGCUUUGCUGCUGUUUCUGCCGCUGCCUCCCUUUGCGUGGGGGCUGGUCCUGCGUGGGAGCAUGGGGGCCGAGCGGGGCUGGAACCCCCUCGGAAAGAGGAUCCAUCAUUCCCCUUGAAGAAAGGAUCCAUCAUUCCCUUUGAAGAAAAUCGGGAAACGGAUCUAUCGUCUAUCUACCUAUCGUCCACGCUGGAGCAUUAUGGAGCUGGAGAAUAUUGUCGCCAACACGGUUUUGCUAAAAGCCAGGGAAGGAGGUGGAGGGAAGCGGAAAGGAAGGAGUAAGAAAUGGAGAGAGAUCCUCAAAUUCCCGCACAUCAGCCAGUGCGAUGACCUUCGGAAAAGCAUUGAACGGGACUACAACAGCCUCUGUGACAAGCAGCCCAUUGGCCGACUGCUCUUCCGUCAGUUCUGCGAGACCCGGCUAGAGCUCCUGCGGUGCAUCCACUUCCUGGACGCUGUGGCAGAAUAUGAGCUUUCCCCAGAUGAAAAGCGCAAGGAGAUGGGAGAAGGCAUUAUUCAUCAGUUUUUCAAGCCUGGGUCCCUGGGCUACAUGUCAGAGAUCAGCCAAUCCCUCAUGACUUCGUGCAUGGAGAACCUACAGAGAAGCCCUUGCAAAGACCUCUUCAGCAGUUGCGUGCAGCGCUUGCAUGAAUACCUGAGCGGAGCCCCAUUUACGAACUAUCAAGACAGCAUGUAUUUUGACAGAUUCCUCCAGUGGAAAUGUUUGGAAAGACAAUCAGUGACCAAAGACACCUUCAGGCAAUACCGGAUUCUUGGCAAAGGAGGUUUCGGAGAGGUUUGCGCAUGCCAGGUGCGAGCCACAGGGAAGAUGUAUGCCUGCAAGAAACUGGAGAAGAAGCGCAUCAAGAAACGGAAAGGGGAGGCCAUGGCACUGAAUGAGAAGCAGAUCCUGGAAAAAGUCAACAGUCGAUUUGUGGUCAGCUUGGCUUACGCCUAUGAGACCAAGGAUGCUCUCUGUCUGGUCCUCACCAUCAUGAACGGAGGUGACUUGAAGUUCCACAUUUACAACAUGGGCAACUCUGGCUUUGACAACGAACGGGUCACCUUUUAUGCUGCAGAGAUCUGCUGUGGCCUUGAGCAUUUGCACCAGGAGGGCAUUGUGUACAGGGACUUGAAGCCUGAGAACAUUCUUCUGGACGAUGAUGGUCACAUCCGAAUCUCAGAUUUGGGGUUGGCCAUCAAGAUUGCAGAAGGGGACACCAUCCGUGGGCGUGUUGGAACAGUAGGCUAUAUGGCUCCAGAGGUGAUUAACAAUGAGCGAUACUCCUUCAGCCCCGACUGGUGGGGACUGGGCUGCCUCAUCUAUGAGAUGAUCGAGGGCCAGUCCCCUUUCCGAGCCCGGAAGGAGCGGGUGAAGAGGGAGGAAGUGGAGAAGCGGGUGCAGGAGGAGCAGGAGCAAUAUUCAGACAAGUUCUCAGAAGACACCAAGGCCAUCUGCAAGGUGCUCUUGACCAAAGAUCCUAAGCAGCGACUUGGAAGCAAAGGAGAUGGUGCUGUCCAAGUGAAGCUACACCCGUUCUUCAAAAACAUCAACUUCAAGCGUCUGGAAGCUGGGAUCAUGAAACCCACAUUUGUACCUGAUCCUCGGGCCGUAUACUGCAAAGAUGUGUUGGACAUUGAACAGUUCUCUACUGUGAAGGGUGUCAACUUAGACCAAACUGACAAUGACUUCUAUGCCAAAUUUGCAACAGGCAGUGUUCCCAUCCCUUGGCAGAACGAGAUGAUUGAGACAGAAUGCUUUAAAGAUCUCAAUGUUUUUGGACCAAAUGGCACCCGAUCCCCAGACCUCGACUGGAAGCAGCUUCCGGACCCACCCAAGCGCAGCCUUCUCCAGCGGCUUUUCCGACGUAAUCCGAGCGACUUCGCCAUCAGCGCCAACGCACACUCCAACCUGCCGACGGCUCCCUCACCGGCUCGGCCCACAGCGCAGGCUCCUUCCUGACCCCGCUUCCCUUUACCUGGAGGUCCCCUGGAGCCACCACUGGUCUUUUUCCUUCUCGGGGUUGCCUUAGACCCGUUGCGGAAACAGCUUUUGAGAGGCUUUGCUACCAGCGAGGAGAUCAUGAGUAUGGACACAGCCUUUGGUUCUUUGGGAUGGCCGGGGACUCAAGAGUCCAGACACUUCCUGGUGCUGACACGGAUCACGGUGCCAUCCAGACCCUCAAUGGACUUGGUUUCCCCAAAGCUCUUCCUGUCGCUCUUUGUGAAAAUCUCCCUUCUGUUUUUAUUUCCCCUGCACUUUGACCACACAGCGAACCUCCACCAGUGCCUCCACUUCUUCACGCAGACAAGACUUAGAUGGAGAACUUUGUCUUCUUCUUUGGAGGCAACCAGAAGAUGGAGACUGGUGGCCAAAAAUGGCUUGGAGGAGUGGCGAAAUGAGACAUCGACUGAGUUAGAAUGGUGCCUUGGGGACUGAAGUUGCUGGAUGGAGCUCAAGACUCUCUAGAGUGCCAUCUGAUCACACCUAUACAUGUCCGCAUGCAUGCACACAGACUUGUGCAUAUUAAAUUAUCUCUUAAUGGUUCAUUCAGGGUUUUUUCCCCCAGGAAUCCCCUCCUUAUAGUCUCAGAACAAUUAUAUAGCCAGGGCCCUAUGGGUCAAAGGCCUGAAGGCUAUUCCAAACCAAGAGGACUAAGCUGGGCAGAAAGAGCUUCCCUUUAAAGGGUCAUGGAUGGAACAGCUGACUAAGAGUCAGGAUGCAGGGGAGCGUGGUUCAGAUUGCAUUUAGAAGUGAAAUGACCUGGUUUGCACCUCCCAGACUCAUGGCCGGAUUGGAACACAGUUCAUGCCUGGAUUUUGCCCCUUUCUGGAUUUUGCAGUGUGGGUUCUCAGCUUUAAAUGGACCAAAAGUACAUAUAAGUUGCGUAUUUUGUGAUAAAAGACCUAUAAGAUGCAUACAAAUUCAGCAGUGAUUUUUUUAAAAAAUAAAAACACCCCACAGAUUAUUGUGGGGAAAACCGUU